GAGGUGCUCGCUGUGUUUGAGAGCAGGAGGAAGAGGGAGCGGUUAUCAAGCUGUUAAUCAUUUCAGGAAGAGGACCAGCGCUGUGGACUUUGUUCUUCACUGACCUCUGCCUGGUGGAGAACACAGUUUGUCCAGGUAGCUCUGCAGAGACAGGAGAGGACACACCAAGACAGCGUACAGAAACAGGAGUGUAUAUAUGGAGUGUGUUCAGCAGCAGCUCUCCAUCUGUUUAUGCUCUAAAGUCCAAGUCGUACAGAUAUCACCCAACAGGAUCCAGAGUGUGAGAGCGGCGAGCAGCGCGACAGCAGACUCACAACUCACCGAGAAAUACUGUCUGGAGCUGGUCAGGUCCAGAGACUAUGACGGCUUUGUGUCCUCCCUCCUCCUCCCAGAGGAGGCGCGGCGCUCCUCUUUGGCUCUGAGAGCCUUUAAUGUGGAGCUGGCUCAGGUGAAGGACUCCGUUUCCCAGAAGACCAUUGGUUUGAUGCGAAUGCAGUUCUGGAAGACGGCCAUUGAAGACAUCUACAGAGACGAUCCUCCGAACCAGCCCGUCACUGCCGAGCUGUGGAGGGCGGUGAGGCAACAUUACCUGACAAAGAGAUGGCUACUGAGGAUCAUAACAGAGAGAGAGAAGGAUCUGGAUGACCGAGCCUACAGAAACCUCCAGGAGCUGGAGGCGUAUUCAGAGAACACGCAGUCCUCCUUGUUGUACCUGCUGCUGGAGAGUUUAGGGUUGAAAAAUGUCCACGCUGACCACGCAGCGAGUCACAUCGGUAAAGCUCAGGGAAUCGUGACGUGUCUGAGAGCGACUCCUUAUCACAGCAGCCGACGGAAAGUCUACCUGCCCAUGGACAUCUGCAUGCUGCACGGAGCUUCCCAAGAGGACUUCAUCCGCGGCAGCCGGGAGCAGAACGUCCGGGAUGUCGUGUACGACAUCGCCAGUCAGGCUCACGUACAUCUACAACACGCGCGAUCAUUUAGCAGCAACGUCCCAGCAACUGCCACUCCAGCCUUCCUCCAGACCGUGGUGGUGGAGGACUACCUACAGAGAGUGAGGAGGGCAGAUUUCGAUGUUUUCAGCCCCAGUCUGCAGAACAAAAACCCCCUCCUCCCCUUCCAGCUGUACCUCCGCUCCUGGAAGAAGACCUACUGACUGUCCUUCACCACCUCCUCCUCUUCCUCCUGCUGUCUCUGAAGGCUGCAGAACUGAAGCCCAGAGUCUUCGCCUCUCUGGGGGGAUUCUGCCUGAAGGAACACGCUGUAGCACGUCUAUAAAGAAACCCAGACUUGUUCUGAACCACAGUGCUGCAACUGAAAUCUGCCUCCUAAAUAAUAAACCAACAACCACAAACAGCAGCGGACACACAGACUGUCGUUUCUCAACAUCUGGUUCACACACCUGCUUUGGUCCUUCAGAAUCUUAUUUGUGAAUGUACGAGGGAAAUUUUUUAUGGUUUUAUGCAAACUUAAAGGAUGAUUCCAAGGAUGAUAAUGUUUUAACUACCAAGUUAAUUACUGAGGUCUUGAAACACUAAAGAGAAGAAACGGGAGCAGUCAGACGAUCAGACAAACCAACAUAUUUGGGAAAAUGAUUCCUCAAACUGUCCGUUGGUUUCCGCUUCGCAGUACACGAGGAAGAGCCAUCUAUCUUCAUCACAUCACAGGGUUGAUGUAGAACGAUAAAGUCCGAACUUUGAGUCAGAUGUUUGUUAGCUAGUGUCGCCAACAUCGUCAGCCUUUCCUGACAGUUUAAAAUAUAUGCAGCGGUGGAAGAAGUAUUCACAGCUUUUACUUCAGUUAAAGUCCCAAUAACAAGAGUUAAAAUAGUAAAAGUACUCAUUAUUUCAGAAUAAUAUAUAUUAUUGGAGUGUAAUUAUUGAUUAAUAUGUAAACCUCAUUAAUGUUGCAGCUGCUGAAGGUUUACCGCUGAAUAGUUUGAUCUAUAAUAAUACAUCAUGUAUUAGUUAAUUGUACAUUCUGUAAUAAACUGAAUCUGCAAUGCAACAACAUCAGAGGUUUAAAGCAGCAUGAAACAGAAAUCCUCAAGUACUUCUAACUUCACUCAACUAUCUGUACUUCUACUCCUUACAAUUUCAAAACAGGCUCUGUACUUUUAGUUUUAAUGCAUUCUUUGUUAUUAAGUUUUUGCAUCAUCGCACGCCAUCCCAACGUCAGGGCCAGAGCGUAUCACUCCUCACAGACGAGAGAGGGAGACUCUUUUUAAAGAUUCAGUUUGCUUUGCACAGAAACAGCCGGUACAUUUCAGAGCCUGUUCUUUUUCACUUUUACUUGAGAAAACAAUCAGUACUUCUACUUUUACACAAGUAUCUGUACUUCUACUUGAGUGAAGUGUGCGUCUGAAUAAAUGUACUUAGCUACGUUCCACCACACAUGUAUUUUGAAUAACGUAAUAGCAACCAAUCAGAGGAGAAGAAAAGAAGAAAACUCGGAAGAAAACUAGAAAGAUGCUUUGGGUUGGAGGCUUGAAGAUAGCUGAUUGUCCCACAGCGUCUGUAUUUGAGGCCCGGUUCUACUGUCAGGAUAUAGUGAAAGUUUCAGUGAAAUAUUUUAUAAAAAUUGCAGCUUUAACUGCAGGAAUGUCAGGAAACAAAGCAGCUGGGUUCCGACUGUAAAUACGCUGCUCCAUACUGAUAAAUGGACCACAGGUGAGUUCUGUAGUAAUCAACUCGUCACAGCGAGCACACUGUUUCCCUGUGCAAUGACGGACUAUUACCAACAUCUCUCACUUUCAGUUUGACCUCCAAAUAAAGUGGUUUAGAUAAACUGUUGGUUUGUUCACAACUUGUCUGUUCGCCUGACUGCUCUUGGUGGGAAAAAAACCAGAAAAAUAACCCCCACAGUGUAGCGCCUGCAAUUAUUCUUUCCAUUGUUUUAUUGCUUCUACCUUCAGAGGAAGACGAAGAGAAAGAAGCGCUGGAAGAAGACAGCAGGAGUGUCAGUCUGUCACCAACAUGGCAGAUCCUGGUAGAAAAAGCUGCUGUCCAGCCGUGGUGGUUGCUAUGGUAACGGAAGACAUUUAUUUAUCCAUUACACCCUUCAGUAUUUUCAUCAGUUUGGUCCCUAAUCCCAUCCGACUCUUCACUCUCAAUAAAUUAUAAAACUUUCACAGCAAAUUACUCGCCAUAUUUCACCUUCACCGUAAUUUGUAGUUCAUUUUUUAUUUAUUUGUUUGUUGCAAGGAUUCUGUGAUCUUCCCUUUUCUCUCUCGUCUGUCUAAUUGUGGCUGCGGAGGAAAAUCUCACAGAGAGUUCGGAUGUCAUUUUGGUCCGAGAUUCAGUGUUUUUUUUUUUUUUUUUUGAGCCACUCAGCACAGAGAGUGACUGGAGGAGGGAGGGACCAAUCAAUGGGAAGAACAGAAUCUCAAAAGAUAAUGAGGAGGAAGAUGUACACUCAGGCUGCAUCAAAUAAGGAACACUUUAUCUUUGAAAAGACUUGAUACAAAGAACACCUGUGGAGAGCUGUUUGAAGUUUCCUACUGCACAAAUACAUCAAUGUACUCACACUGGCCCUGCUGUGUGUGUGUGUGUGUGUUACUGUUCUCCUGAGAUAAAUCUUAUCUUCUGCAGCUGUUAUCAAGCCAAACUGAGCCCAUAAUGGAAAGGAAAUAACUGCUGUAUGUUAGUUUUGUUUCACGCUGGGGCGGAAAAACCUGCAGGAGGAUGAGAAACGACUGUAGGCGCUAAAUUAUGUACUGAAUUACCCCGAAGUGAAACACACCCACACAUCAUGUUUAGCAUCUGAAGGAUAAAAUAACAUCAGGGUCUUUAAAUAAAGCAGAGGAUGACAUUU